GGAGUUACCUUUGGAGCCCGAAAGGAGGAAGGAAGCAAAAUAUCAACAACAGCCGAGGCGGCUCGGGCGCUCGGCUCCGGUCCCCCGCCAGCUCGCCGCCUGCCUGCCCGCCCCCGCGCCCACCACGGGGGCCCUGGCCCCCCGGCGCCGCCCAGGGCCCGCGCCGACGCCGGUCUCAUUUAUUAUUCCCUCCGCCCGGAGCUGCGGCUUCCAGGUGCUGAAGAUUCCCGGGACUAGGGGCGAGGGCUACCCUCUCCCAACCGUUACACCCCCCUACCCCCAGCGGGGCCGGAGGCUGUGUAGAAGGUGUCCUGCAGACCAUGAACUGAAUGGUGGUCCGAAGUCGUUCAUGAUCAAAGUGUAAGGCAUCCGGAGACCCGCCACCCAGCGAUCCCCUCCCCAGCACUGAGGAUCCCCGGAGAAGAUGGGGAGGAAAAAGAUUCAGAUCCAGCGAAUCACCGAUGAGCGGAACCGACAGGUGACAUUCACCAAGAGGAAGUUUGGGCUGAUGAAGAAGGCAUACGAGCUCAGCGUGCUCUGUGACUGCGAGAUCGCGCUCAUCAUCUUCAACCACUCCAACAAGCUGUUCCAGUACGCCAGCACGGACAUGGACAAGGUGCUGCUCAAGUACACGGAGUACAAUGAGCCGCAUGAGAGCCGCACCAACGCUGACAUCAUCGAGGCGCUGCACAAGAAGCACAGGGAAUGUGAGAGCCCUGAGGUGGACGAGGUGUUUGCCCUGACCCCCCAGACGGAAGAGAAAUAUAAAAAGAUAGACGAGGAGUUUGAUAAAAUGAUGCAGAGUUAUAGACUGGCCUCAGCUGUCCCGGCCCCCAACUUUGCCAUGCCUGUCACGGUGCCCGUGUCCAAUCAGAGCUCACUGCAGUUCAGCAAUCCCAGCGGUUCCCUGGUCACCCCUUCCCUGGUGACGUCAUCCCUCACGGACCCACGGCUCCUGUCCCCCCAGCAGCCAGCACUACAGAGGAACAGUGUGUCUCCCGGCCUGCCCCAGCGGCCAGCCAGUGCAGGGGCCAUGCUGGGGGGAGACCUCAACAGUGCUAAUGGAGCCUGCCCCAGCCCUGUUGGGAAUGGCUAUGUCAGUGCUCGGGCUUCCCCUGGCCUCCUCCCUGUGGCCAAUGGCAACAGCCUAAACAAGGUCAUCCCUGCCAAGUCUCCACCCCCGCCCACCCACAGCGCCCAGCUUGGAGCCCCCAGCCGCAAGCCUGACCUGAGGGUCAUCACUUCCCAGGGAGGAAAGGGGUUAAUGCAUCACUUGACUGAGGACCAUUUAGAUCUGAAUAAUGCCCAACGCCUUGGGGUCUCCCAGUCUACCCACUCGCUCACCACCCCAGUGGUUUCCGUGGCAACACCAAGUUUACUCAGCCAGGGCCUCCCCUUCUCUUCCAUGCCCACCGCCUACAACACAGAUUACCAGUUGACCAGUGCAGAGCUCUCCUCCUUACCAGCCUUCAGUUCGCCUGGGGGGCUGUCGCUAGGCAACGUCACCGCCUGGCAACAGCCACAACAGCCCCAGCAGCCGCCCCAGCCGCAGCCUCCGCAGCCCCAGCCGCAGCCGCAGCCGCAGCACCAGCCGCCGCCGCAGCAGCAGCCCCACCUGGUCCCUGUGUCUCUCAGCAGCCUGAUCCCGGGCAGCCCCCUGCCCCACGUGGGUGCUGCUCUCACAGUCACCACCCAUCCCCACAUCAGCAUCAAGUCGGAACCAGUGUCCCCAAGCCGUGAGCGCAGCCCUGCGCCUCCCCCUCCAGCUGUGUUUCCGGCUACCCGCCCUGAGCCUGGCGACGGUCUCAGCAGCCCGGCUGGGGGCUCCUAUGAGACAGGGGACCGGGAUGAUGGACGGGGGGACUUCGGGCCCACGCUGGGCUUGCUGCGCCCAGCCCCAGAGCCUGAGGCUGAGGGCUCAGCUGUGAAGAGGAUGCGGCUCGAUACCUGGACAUUAAAGUGACGAUUCCCACUCCCCUCCUCUCAGCCUCCCUGAUGAAGAGUUGACAAUCUCACCGCCCACCCCUCCCUGUCCUGGGCUCCUCCUGCUCGACCCCCACUUCCUUUCUUGUGCUCCGUGUCCUGUUGACGGUUACAUUUGUGUAUAAUUAUUAUAUUAUUAUUAUUAUUAUUAUAUUUUUUUUAAUUUGGAUUCUCGCUUUGGAGAGGGGGAUGCUCCCAUCCCCUCUUUCUGCACCCCCUGCCAUUUUCACUGGCUGGGGGAGCUCUUUUUUGCGGGAAGGGGGGGACACUUUGCACGUUGUACACAUAUGCUGCAGGAGGGGGUGGGGGGCCCGAUAGGCCUUGGGAAAGGACAGGUGCCGAGCCCUGCAUGCGGAGCCCUCCCACCCCAUCCCCCAGAUAGAGAGAAAUAACCAAAAAACUACCAAACAACAAAAACCCCUUACAAUAGACUGAAACCCCAAAGUUGGCUUGAUGGGUGGGUUUGUGUUUCAGGGGGAAAGUGAGGCAGAGGUUCUGAAAAGAGUCUCUGCUUCUGGGCUGUUCUGUGGCCACAGGCACAAGGGGCAGAGUACCUAAGCCUGGGCCCCAGAGGCCCCUGCACACACACAACACACUCUCACUAAUUCUAAUUCUCGUGUGAGCUGCACCUCCAACAUGUGGGGGUGCUGGCCAAGCUUUUGGGCUGGGAAGGCUGCCUGGGAAUCUGAGGCUUGAUCGGGAGGGGUUUGAGGUGGGGGCCUCUAUGAAGCACAUUGGAGAAAAAGACAGAGAGCCAUGAGGAGAGGGCUGAGGAGGGGCAGAAGGGCUGGGGCUAGGGGUGAAUCGGGGCUUCCUCCCUUCCCCAGCGUUUUCUCUAAGAUAAUACAGUGCAAUAGCUCCCCAUCCCUCAGUUGAUACCAGCCCUGUAAAGCUGGCCAUAAAGUGCAGGGAGAACAGGGGAGAGUGAGGUGGCUUAGCAAGAACCGGCCUUGGGCACCCCGAGAUGCCUGAGGACUGCAUCCUUUGCAUCCAGGGACAAGUGUGAGUGAGGGGACUUGCUCUUCCUUGCACGUACACAUCCCCAGCAGAGUGGACAUUGGGGUGGUGUGUGAGGGUGGGAGAGGGGACGGAGGAGGUCUGAAGAAGGCGUUCCUUCUUUCUUCCUUGGCCCCUCUCCCCAGCCUUCCUCCCAGCUCCUUCCGCUCCUGACCCCACCUCCCUGCUCUUGGCGCCCUCAUUGUCUUGCUACCUCCUGUCCCACCACCCCCAGGCCACAUCCCACCUUCCCUCUUGGCUACUGUAAUUGUAAAUAGCAACCUUUGGAAAACGUUAGCAGUGUAACAGUCCAGGAAACUGUUUUUUUGUUGUUGUUGUAUUGAUAUGAAAUGAGAUUCUAUUUUUGUCAAAGUAUAUUGUAAUAAUAAUGACUCAAACGGCCCGUACUGUACAGACGAGAUUCUUCUGCUGUUGUUCUUGCUCCCCUCCCCUCCCCCGAGUCCACCCUGUCUGCUGCCUCCACAGUGGGGGCAGCCAAAGCGUGGGGGCCUGAGACCUCAGGCUGGAUCACAGAUCAGACUGGAGGGGGCAGGCCCCCAGCCCACGAUCCACCACCACCCCCUGCCCUAAGGGGCCUGGCCUGGGGUGACUUGGGCAGGCAGACUGGGGCCUGCCCCACUUCUUCACACAAGCCCAGCUCCUCUGCCCAAGGGGUGCAGUGCUCCCUUGGGGUUUCAUCCUGGUGGGAAAAUAGAGUUAGACAAGGCCCGGUUUUGUGAUAAGUGACUGUCUUUGCCCACCUCUAUGAUCCAGCCGCUUGCAGUAUUCCAACACUCGAUGUAGGGAAGGAAACCAGAAGCAGAGGGGUGCGGGUGACCGCACAGGUACCCAGGUGUGUUUAUGAGGGCAUCUGGUAUUUAUGUGUCUGGGUGUACCUUUGUAUUUAUGUGUGUGUGUAUGGUUGCACGAGUGUACCUUUGUGUGUCUCUGAGCCCGUCUGGGCACGUAUGUGAAUCUGUAUGAACUGAGCUCUGAGGGCGUGUCUGUGUGCACGUGCGCCUGGGUGUGUUUACAGAGGGACAGGUGGCUCUUGCAGCCACACAGCCCUGGCUUCCAGCUCCAUGACUCUCCCUCCUGAGCCCCACUCUUUUCUUCCCUGCUCCAUCACCUGUUCCCACCCUCAGCUCUAAUAUGUUUAUACUGCAGUUAGGGAGGAUCUGGCAGUUGGCUCUCUUUGUUUCUCCCUACAGCCCUACCUCUCCCAGGGUUCCACGCACAAUUGUCCACCCAGUCCCCACCCCUUUAGACACAGCUCCCUUUCCUGGAGCACCCUCUUCCUCUGACCCCAGCCCUGCUUUCAGGGUGACACUCAAAAGUUCCUCUUCCUCCCUAAAGCUUUUUCCCCACCUAGGCAGUGAUCCUUCCUGCCAGCUUACCCCCACCUGCUGAUUGGGCACAUAGCAUGUCCAGUCUUCCUGCAGGUUCCUAGAGGUAGUUUCAAGAAUCAGUGAGACUUGAUCAGGGCCUUGAAAGAAGCCAGGGUGUAGUCUUGUGCAUGCAUGUGUGCAUUCCUAGAGCCUUGCCCAGUGCCUGGCACAUAGCCGGCACUCCAUAAAUGCUGAGUGGGUGAAAGGUGAAUGAUAGGUGCUCAAUAAAUGUUGAAGGACUGGCCUUCCGUUCUCAGGCUAUACCCGCAGUCUGCCCACCUUCCUAGGCUGGGCUUGGCCACCAUUAAACAUGGGGUGGGGGUGAGGCCCCUGCAGUUCAUGGUGCAAUAUUCACCAGUUUUGCCCUCUGCCUUGUAAUGGCAAACCUGGCUUUUGAUUACCAUGUGUGGAUGUGUGUGUGUCCUUUUUCCCCUAUUCCUGGGGGCAAGGGUGGCCUGUGAAUGAAUAUGUGACAUUUCUGCAAUUCAGUAUCCCAGGGUUUCUCUUGGGGGUGGGGGCUCCUGGCAAGCCAGAUGAAUGGGUCCCUGGGAACCCAGACCUCAAGUGGGGAUUUUACUUCUUCUUCCUCUCACAAGCCAAAUUUGCCUCCACCCACUCCUUCCUCCGAAAAUCUGGGCAUUUGCCAAAGUAAUCACUGGAGUCAUCCAAUGCCCCUCCCCUCCCCAGGUUUCCCACAGUUUUCAGGGACAGUGGGCAAGAGGACCCCCCACCACACACACGCACACACACACAGCCCCCAGUGGAACACAACAUUUCUCCUCCCCUGAGCAGUGCACUCAAUCCAGCCGACUGACCCCUGACCCUUAUCCAGCCCUCCGCACCUUGGACAGGAAGGAAGUAAUGCACCUUCUCUUGCUGAUUAUUUAUUUGUUUGGAGAGACAGAAAUGAUGUAAAAGUGUAUCUAGAAAUAUCUAUAUCUAUAUAUUUUUAACUGACUCUUUGGAAUCCCUUGGGGUGGGGUGAGGGGUGAGUUUAGGCUUUCAUGGUGGGGAGGAGACAUGGAGCCUGGGAACACCUCAUCUCCCCUCUUGCCACCUCCCUCCACCCCGUAAGCAGUUGAUAGGAGUGGGAUUUGUAUGGGGGGAGGGGGGCUGGAAUGUUAUUUGGAGAAUCUGGAUUCUCUCUGUCUUCCCCAUUCAAGUCCCAGAGGGAAGAGGGGGGGAGAGGGAGUGGGGGACAGGCCAUGGAGGGGCCCCACCCCCCAAGCCCGACAAUCACCCACACUCCUGGGGCUCCUCCUGGGUCCUGGGCAGGGCGAGUCUAAGUGUGUGGCUGUUGAUUUGUUUUCAAUAUUUCUUUUCGUGCUGUAUGGUGAUGCUUUCUUAGUAUUCUACACAAUAAGAAAAGACAAAAGUCCUCGAGAUUCUUAUGAGUUUUGUUUGAAAACUCUUUUCACUAUAUUUGUUGUAAAGAGGUUUACUAUUAAAAGAAAAAAAAAUACACGUUUCUGAUA